GCCCGAUGAACCUGAUGCUCAAGGAGUACGACGACAAGGUGAUCGAGCGCAUGAUCAACAAGUACUUCUCGAAGAAGGAGGAGGAGGACCCCGACCCCGACCAGCAGCGAGCUCGCAUAAAGCAGCGGAAUGACGACUGGGAGAUGUACCUGCAGAACAAGGGAGAGUACGUCUGCAUGAUGCAGAGCAGGCCCUUCAUGCUCAAGAGCAUGCAGAGCAUCUUCGUCUUCGAUGUCGCCGUCGGGGUCUCCCACUGCGCCGCCCUCUCCCGCGAGGGCCAUGUCUACACGUGGGGCUGCGGGGACUACGGGAAGCUCGGGCAUGGCGGGCUGUGGGAUGUUGCACAGCCUCGACAGGUACAGGCGCUGAACAAGCGGCGGUGCAUCCAGAUCGCGUGCGGGGCGAACCACACGCUGGCGCUGACGGACAACAGCAUGCUGUGGACGUGGGGGGACGGGAGGUACGGGCAGCUGGGGCACGGGACCUGGCAAGACUGCGGGCUGCCUUGCAAGGUGCUGAACCCUGAGAGCGCGCGGCAGGAGCACCUGAAGGUGCGAUGGGUCGGGUGCGGAGAUGACUUCACCGCCGCCAUCACCAGCGAGAACCGGAUGCUGACGUGGGGCAACGGAUGGCACGGCCAGUUGGGGCACGAGAGGAUGGUGAUGGGGGGAGAGGCAGCGAGGAGGAAGCGGUCGGAUGUGGAUCAGUUCUUCUCGCGCGUGCCAUCCUUGUCCCUGCUGACUCAGACGAAGCAAGACAACGCAAGGGGAAGCGCUGCGAGGACGAGGAGCAACGCGGAGGAUUCGAAGAUGCAGGAGAUUCUGAACCGUCUGAAAGUCUACGAGGGGAAGAUGAGGUGCAAUCUCGGCUACUCUCCCUCCUCCUCCACCGCAGACGACGGUCGGGCUAGAGCUCGCAGCCUCCCGCAGCAGGUUCAUCUCCUGAGAGACGUUGAGGUAUCGAAGAUCGCAUGCGGCAGCCGCCAUGUCCUGGCCUACUCUGCGGAUCCUCCGCGCGUGUGGUCCUGGGGAGAAGGAGAGGGAAACAAGCUGGGGCACGGCACGUGCUUCGACCAGUAUGAGCCGAAGUUGGUGCAGGAGCUGGAGGGGAAGACGGUGAGCAGCAUGACGUGCGGGAGUAUGUGGAGUGCUGUAUUCCUUGAGACAGAGGAGGCCAAAGUGUACGGCACGCUUCCGUUCGAGAUGUUGCCUUGAGAUGACUGAUAGCUGUGGAUGACAAGAAGGUGAGCAAGGAAAAAUAGAUUGGAGGGAGAGGAACAACAUUGUCAGACUAGGAUGAUGAUUUGUCCUUCACUUAUGUUUCAUUAGUAGAGAUUUCAUGGUAAUUCGAGAAAAAUUUGAAAAUUGCAAUCAAACUGAAUCAUGCAGAGUCGUCCUGUGGUGCUUUUUCCUCUUUCAUGUUGUUGGACUGAGGCUUGCGCGAGAGAGACAUCUCGUAGAUAAUAGUCUCGAGCUUCUUCAGCCUGCCGUUGAACUCAGUUGGCUAGUCCGCACAACUCAACUCGUCCUCACGUCGACUUUGCCACGUCAACUUUCUUGAUAACCUGUCGAUAGAUUUUUGUUAGAGUUGCUGGACUACUCGCUGCUUGCCAGCUUCUACCUGAUGAGGCAUGUCGGGAAUCACGAUGGUCAGUCCGAUGAUUUGAUCCACAACGUCCUGCCAUCGGCAUCACAAGUUCCUCAGGCUCUCCCGUGCAUUCACCAUGCAUCUUUUCACUUGCGCCACAUCUCGUUUGGUCGCCUGCGCCACUGCGUAUCUGCAGCUACCACGUCACAAGGGCAGACUGUAGUGACACCACCUAACCUCGCAACUUCCCCAGUGAAGUCAAGGAUCCCUCCCAUGUACUCGUUUGCGUUGAUCGGCUCCAAGUCAGCCAGCUCAAGGAUCCUCCCGUCUUGGAGGAAUUGGUAGAACAAGUAAGCCUCAGCAUAUUCUUCCAUGACACCCUCGAAUGCUCCGCUGCACGCAAUACUGUGUUACAGCAUUGAGCCAAAGACGAUAGUAACAAACUUUCUUAGCCCUGGACUAGUUGCGAUGACGCUCAAGAUUUCCUGUUUUGAAAAUAAGUCAGGUGUCACGUACACACAGAUUCUAAGAAUGGAUCCAACAUUAGAAGACUCUUUGACUCCAUCGAGUUGCUUCUUUGCCUUCUCCAAAUUUCCACGAUGUAGAUCAUAGAUAGAGUUCUAGCAUCCAAGCAUUAGAGUAUAGAAACGGUGUCAAGAAACAUGAUAAGAAGGAAUCUUGUCCUACCUUACAAAGCUUUUGCAAGUCCCUGCAUUUCUUGAUAACAAUUUCCCUCUUUUCAUCGAACGCCUCCAUCUCUUGCCGCAUCUGAUCGAAUUCCUGGAGAUCUAGUAUCGUAGGAGCAUCAGCAUCUUGCAUCACUUCCUCGUUCUUUGAUGUACUGUUUGCAUCUUCCAUGACUUCUGGAUCAAAAAUUUCAUGGACAAGGCUGAGUUCAAACAGUGUGUCUUCCAUCUUCCUAACUACAUACUUCAUCGAGUCAUAUCUGUGCCUGAUUGGCCCAUUUCUGAAAUCGAACAGCAUGAGCUGCGAAUUGAUAAGCUCCACCACGUUCUUGCAAACCAUCACAGAUCGUGCAUCCUUGUCUGAAGCACGCUUUAUCGCAUAUCUCUCCAGCUCAUUUGAAAAUCCAAUCACGCCAGGCAGGUAUUCAUUGUAGGUAGCAAAUGGAACCUCACUGCGACGUAAGACUUGUCCUGUCCUGAGAAAAUUCGCAAAAGUUUUCGCUCGCACGUUGUUUUCGAUAGCCCCUGAAAGUGAACCCCACCGUCCUUCACCAUCAUCAUCGAACUCGGCCAAGGAUUGUUGUAACUUUGUAGAAGCUUCCUCGAUGGCUUGGUCGGCCUGCACGAGCUCUCCGCGAUGAAGGUGAUAAAUUGCUUCAUUUCCCUUCCGGCAUACCACGUGUAGGAGCUUCGAUGUCGCUUCCCUUCGCUGCUGCUUGGCACGAUAUCGCUCGGCCAAGGCAUCAAAAGCAGCCGUCGGAACGUUGACGUCCAGAGAUGCGUCUUCUCGCGUCGGAAGCAGCGGAAGAGACGGAAUGCUGCUUCUCAGCUUCUUCACGUCUGCAGAUUCCAGCCCCAUUUCAUUUCCGCGUUUCGCCAUGCUGCGACCCCGGCUU